UCCAAACUAUACUUAUACUAUAACAACUAUAACAACAAUAACAUGUCAACAUUGAAGAGAAAGCAAACUACAACAUCAUCUGUUGCUGGUAACAUUGAAUCCUUUGUAACAAAGACUUCAUCGUCAUCAGUUGAUGAACAAACAAAAAAGAAGAUAAAAUCAAAUAUUACUCCUACUACUACAACUACUACGACGACAACAACAACAAAUAAAUCAACUCCAACUCCAACGAUGGGUAAUGGAAGAAAAAAGAUGACCACUUCUACUUUGGAAGAAUCGUGUAACACGUUUAAAGAGGACUGGCCACAAUGGAGGAAGGACCUUUAUAAUAAUGGCUGGGCAGUUGUACGCAAUGUCGUGCCACCAGAGAGAUGCGAGACGUAUAGGGCCGCAUUCUGGAAGUGGUUCGAGGACUUUGGAACGGGAAUCGAUCGCAAUGACCGUGCCUCGUGGUCCAGCGACAAGUGGCCGGCCAACCUCCACGGUAUCCUCCAACAGUAUGCGUUUGGCCAGAACCAGUUCGUGUGGGACAUUCGUUCGGAGCAGGCCAUUAUUGACGUCUUCUCUCAGAUAUACAACACGGACGAGCUGCUGGUCAGCUUUGACGGAGGUAACCUGUCGCGUCCUGGUAAGAGUCUUGGCAAGCCAUGGUACCACUUAGACCAGGGCAACACCAAACUCGGCUUCCGAUGUGUGCAGGGCUUCCUCAACCUGAUGGACUGCCAGCAGAACGAUGGCGGCUUGAUCGUCUAUGACAAGUCGCAUAUCCAGCAUGCCAACUUCUACAAGGGUGAGGGUGUCGAAUCGCAGGGCGACUGGUACAAGUUCCCAGAGGACCCUCGUGAGCUAAAGUACUUCAAAGACUGCAAGGAGAUCAAGGUCUGCUGCAAUGUCGGCGACGUUGUGUUGUGGGACUCGCGCACCAUCCAUUGGGCAGCGACUCCAACAGGGGGCAACUGUCGUAUGGUUGUCUACACUUCUUAUCAGCCAGCGUCGUUGAUCACAAAGACCGACCUGGCCAAGAAGCAAAAGGCAUUCAAUCAGAAACGAAUGACCAGUCAUUGGGCUGCCGAGAAUAUCAAACUGUUCUCCAAGACGCCCAGGACCUAUGGUAACCAAGACUUGAUAGAUAACUUCAAGUAUGAUGAGAAGACCUUACCAACUCUCAAUGACAGAGCAAGGCAGCUUGCUGGUUUAGAUCCUUAUGAU